AUCUAUUCCGAGCUUCGGUGUCCCGUUUAUCUUACAUAUUCCCUUUCAUAGAACCGUUUGGUCCAGUGUGUCGCGUCUGCCCUUCGUUGUGCUACUGAUCUCAUCGCAUAUUUAAGUCUAGAACCGUCGACUACUACAAGUCAUAUUUUUACUCCACAUCCACAAUGUCUGCCAUAUUAAAGCAAAGAGUUAGAUACGCUCCAUACUUAAACAAGUUGAGAACACCCCAGCAAUGUGUUGAAUUGUUCAAGCACGGCCAAUAUUUGGGCUGGUCUGGUUUUACAGGUGUUGGUGCCCCAAAGGUUGUCCCAGCUGCAUUGGUGGAUCAUGUCGAAAAGAACAACUUGCAAGGCAAAUUGGGCUUCAACUUGUUCGUUGGUGCCUCUGCCGGUCCAGAAGAAUCCAGAUGGGCCCUGAACGACAUGAUAUUGAGAAGAACGCCACAUCAGGUAGGUAAGCCAAUUGCCGCUGCCAUCAACGAUGGUAGAACUCAAUUCUUUGACAAACACUUGUCUAUGUUCCCACAAGAUUUGACCUACGGUUAUUACACUAGAGACAAGAAAGAUAACGACUUGUUGGACUUUACUAUAAUCGAGGCCACUGCCAUCACCGAGGAUGGUUCCAUCGUUCCAGGUCCUGCCGUCGGUGCUUCUCCAGAAAUGCUUUCCGUAUCUGAUAAAAUCAUCAUUGAAGUAAACACCAAGACACCUUCCUUCGAAGGUAUUCACGACAUUGACUUGCCUGUCAACCCACCAUUCAGACAACCAUACCCACACACAUCUGCUGACUACAGGAUCGGCAGAACUGCAAUUCCAGUCGACCCAUCAAAGGUUGUGGCCAUUGUUGAAUCCCAUCAAUAUGAUCAAGUUCCACCAAACACUCCCUCAGACGAAGGUUCCAAAGCCAUUGCUAACCACUUAAUCGAAUUCUUGGAACAAGAAGUCAAGUAUGGCCGUCUUCCUGAGAAUUUGCACCCAUUGCAAUCUGGUAUUGGUAAUAUUGCAAAUGCUGUUGUUGAAGGUUUGGCAGAAUCUAAUUUCAAGAACUUGACUGUGUGGACCGAAGUAUUGCAAGAUUCCUUCUUGGACUUCUUCUCCUCCGGCUCUCUUGACUUUGCCACUGCAACCUCCAUUAGAUUAACCGAAGAAGGUUUCGAGAGAUUCUAUGAGAACUGGGAUGAAUUCACCAAGAAAUUGUGUUUGAGAUCUCAAGUCGUUUCCAACUCCCCAGAAAUCAUCAGAAGAUUAGGUGUCAUAGCCAUGAAUACUCCUGUCGAGGUUGAUAUCUAUGCUCAUGCCAACUCCACUAACGUAAUGGGUUCGAGAAUGUUAAACGGUUUAGGUGGUUCUGCUGACUUCCUUAGAAAUGCGAAGUUGUCUAUAAUGCACACUCCUUCAGCCAGACCAUCCAAGACUGACCCAACUGGUGUUUCUUGUAUUGUUCCAUUUGCUUCACACGUUGACCAAACCGAACACGACUUGGACAUCAUUGUCACUGAACAAGGUUUGGCUGACUUGAGAGGGUUAUCUCCAAAGGAAAGAGCUAGAGAAAUCAUCGACAAGACUUCUCACCCAGACUACAGAGCCCAAUUGACUGAAUACUUGGACAGAUCCACCUUCUACGCUGAAAAGAAGAAAUCUUUGCACGAGCCACACAUUUUGAAGGAUGCCUUCAAGAUGCACUUGAACUUCCAGGAGAAUGGUACCAUGAAAUUAGAUUCCUGGGACCAGAAAUUCUAAAUUGAAAGGUCACCACCCUAUACUAUAUAGUUUUGCAAAUUAAUAUUUAUAUAUAAUCUAUACAUACAGCAUAUGUAAUAGG